GCCUUGUACUCUAGAACUGAGAACUCAUCACUCUUUUCUUACGCAACACCUUUGUACUUGUGCCCUUGCCAUCCUGAUACUACCAGUAUGGACUUCAAAUCGUUGAUGGCCAGCCAAAUCGCGAAGUCGAAACCCAAACCCUCGCCCUCACCCUCACAAUCACAAUCGCCAGACCCAUCCACACCGUCAGCUACGCAGAAAUACCUCCGCCGCGCCGAGCUCGAAGCAGCCCGCGAAGCAGCCUACGCCGCAGAACAAGCCAGGAUAGACGCGGAGCGCGAAGAACGAGCGUCCAAGAAGCGCAAACUCGAGGAAGAAGAAGCCGAGCGCGCUGCGGUCCGCGAGGAGAAGAAACGUCGUCUGGCCGAAGAGUCCCGAAAACGUCGCCUGGAAGAAGAAAGAGAAGAAGAGCGCAAACGGCGCAAGAGGCUCGGCCUGCCCGAUUUACCAGACCCCGCCAUUGAAGAGGGCAACAAAUCUUCUUCUACAAGCCUCGAAGACAUCCCCGACGACGAACUGCGGUCCAAGCUACGCUCGCUCAACGAGCCCGCGGCGCUCUACGACGAAAGCCACGCCUCACGCCUCAAACGCUACCACGCCCUGACGGCACCCAAAUCCCUCAAGCCUAAACUCAGCGACGGCCCCAUCCCGACGACCCUCGAACCCGUCCCGGAGAAAGACAUGCUCCUCCCCUCGACCCUACCCGCCGAAAACACUCCCGAGCACGCCUUCCUCUACCGCCAACUGGCCUCGUACUUCACACUGCUCCUACGCGAAUGGUCCUUCGCGCUCUCGCAGCGCGACGCGGCCGUCAAGGCCUCCACGUCCGGCAAAGCCGCCCACAAUUCCUACCUGCAGGUCCUGAAAGACCUCACGCCGUUGUUCCGCCGCUUCGAGCGCGCCGACCUCGAGCACAACCUGCUCGACCCGAUCUGCCAGAUCGUCCGGUCCGCCCAAGCCAGGCGGUACGUCGAGGCCAACGACAAGUACCUCACGCUCUCGAUUGGCAAGGCCGCCUGGCCGAUCGGUGUGACCAUGGUCGGCAUCCACGAGCGGUCCGCGAGAGAAAAGUUGAGUGAGAGUGGCGAGGGCAAACAAGCGCAUAUCAUGACCGACGAAGUCACGAGGAAGUAUCUCCAGAGUAUAAAGCGGUGUUUGAGCUUCGCCCAGACAAGAUGGCCGCCGGAGGAUCUGGGCCAGUUAAUGGGUUGAUCUGCUGUCAGGGACAAGAUGGAGGUCUGCGUUGUCAGUCCACGUGAAUGCCUCAAAUCGACUAUAUAUGCAUGAAACGAGAUACACGAGGUUGGUUGUAUUCCCAACCCGCUCCAUGUUUGACUUGAUGUUAUCCUCAGUACUGCAGCGCAAGCCAUGAGAGAAGACAAAGACAACCAAGAGUACAAAACACUGCGGUCUAAUUCGCUAACACGAUCGCUAUCAACAAUACCUCCCAAAUCUAUACCGUCAAGGGGGAACGAAUCAGUCUCGCGAAAUCGCAGCAAGCCACCCAAUAAAACAUUACUCAAAGACAGCCCAUCGCCAAGACGGUUCUUCGCCAUCAAAGCCAGACACAGAUCAGCAUGGCUCCAUUUCCAGGCUGUAUCAGAUUAGAAAAGCACGAUCUUUCAAGCCUCCAGUGGAACAGAUACGCAAAAAAGCAAAAGACCUCCGACGCCAUGCAUAAACAGCUUUCCAGCGACUUUGAUUGGAUGUCGCUGAAUCCGAUCUGAUAUGUCCAGUCGCCAAACAUGGUACUUCCGAAGAUGCAUUCAAGCUCGGAGCUGCACUGGAACUAGCAUAUUGCAUUGCGUAGUCUUACAUGCUCCAUUCGACCGCAACCAGCUUCGUGACAUUUGCUGGUGCUCGUGUCUCGAUAAGCCAAAUCGAGUAUAUCCAAAGACCGUUCAACACGUUAUGAUUGUGAUGAGUCCGUGACAGAUUCAUGUUGUGCAACCACA